CCCAUUGGAUGAGAAAACCAGCUGGUCCAGACCUUCUGACCUGCUCCUCCAAUGGGCUUUGAGAAGGAGCAGAGAGGACGCGAGGAGAGACAAUUGAGAUUCUCCCAUUUUUUUGUCAGCACGGUCAUCUAGCUAGCUACAGUCAUACAAUGGCAACGUUUUUCGGAGAGGUUUUAUCUGUUUACUCGCGUGCAGUCGAAGAAGACGACGAUGAUCUGGAUGAUGAAAACGAAGAUGAGCGAAUUCACAGAGAGAUAGAAGAAAAGAGGGAGGUCCAUAUUGUGUGGUGCCCUGAAGUCGCACAAUCACUUGAGGACUCUGGCAGCAACAAAUUGCAAUGCUCAGACCUCAUCAUUGCCGUGGGCACUAAUGCUGCAGGAUUUCUGUCUGCAUAUGUGUUGAACACUGAAAGCUGGGAUGCAGUGGGCCAUGUGUCACUAUGGAAUGAGAGGAGUAGGGGCUCCAGUAGACAGAGCAUUGCCCCACUGCCUGGAGAGCCAGCCUGUCUCUUCUACCGACACAGGGACAACCCAGCAGUCCUGGUCUGCCAAAGCACUUGUUACAUUGCGGAGGACCAACUGUUUCAAUGGACAGAAAAGGUGUUUGGCUGCCUCCAGAAGAGAGGGCUCAGUGUGAUGGUGCUGUCGGACAGCCCUGUGGCUGAGUACAAAACGCCAGACUACCUCUACGGUAGCGCUGUCCCUUUCCUACGCUCCCUCAAGAGCAGUGCCUCCAAGGGCCAGGCCCUCUGCCCUGCACUAGAGCAGCCAAACAUCCUCACUGGACUGCCAGCUGCAGUACUGAGCCACUGCCAAGUCCAUCAGAUUCCAGCUGUUCUGUACCAAUGCUACACUGAUGUCAUCAGCCCAGACUCUAUCACCAUGGAAACCUUCAAACCUGCCCUGUUGUGUCUAAGCAAGUUGGUCAAGUUGGAGCCUUGUCUGAGUGCUGACGUCCUCCGAAAGUUUGCCAUAAUCACUGAGGCUCAGAGUAAUCUGUAUACUUAAAUGUAGAAGAUGUAUUUGUACUAAACAGGCUCUGUAUUUGUCUUUUACCUAAUGAACAGGUUCACUUUAUUUUAACCAAAUCUGUAUUUUGGAUGUAUAUGGCAUUUUAUAGAAGUGUCCAGACACUUUUUUGCAAUUUCACUUGUUUUUGAGAAACUUACCCCACCAGCCAUAGACUUCCUCAUGCUCGUUCUGCAGCUGCAGGCACACAGAUAUAACAUGAACAAAAGCUCAAAAAACACCCAAAUAUGUCCUUUUAAAAACAGCAUUGCUCUCAGUAUAACGAUGCAGGUCUUUAGACGUCAUUCCAAACUUUAAAUUCUACUUUGUUGGACUCAAGCGAUACUUCUCCGUGUAGGCCUUCUCCGGGCAUUGCUCAAGACCUGCAUUGCUAUACUGAGAGCGUUACUGUUUCUAAAAAGAUGUAUUUGGGUGUUUUUGGAGAGUUUGUUCAUGUUUUAUCUGUGACCCUGCAACUGCAGAACAAGCAUGAUGAAGUUUAUCACCGGUGGGAUAAGUUUGUCAAAACCAAGUGAAAUAAAAAGUUUGGACACUUCCAUAACGUUCCAUUUACAAAAAAAGUUAACCUUUUCAUUUAAACUGUAAAAUAAAUGUAAGUAAUGUUUUAAUUUGGAAGAAGUGAAGGGCACCUUCAUUGAAAAUAAAAAGGUGCAACACUCAGCAUUUAAAAACUCUUUGUUUUAUUUAAGCAAAGUUAAAAAGCUUGAUGUUUCUGCCAUCAACCUAGUUCUGAGGAAGGCCAUUGAUGGCUGAAAAAUCAAGCAUUUUUACUUAGGAUGUUAAGUCUCCUAUAUGGGGUACUUUGCGUGGCUCUGGAGCAAUUCCUUCUGACAGUUUGGUGUACGAGGCGCUGUUUGAAUGUCAUAGGGACCUGUGCCUCAUAGUGCCCACUCUCGCUCAGUGGACCCGACAUUUGCAAAGGGAGCGACAUGUCACAUUUUCUGCCCUAUCCAGACAGAAUCGAUUUGCUCUUCCUCUGAGUAACUGAUACAUAUUUAAAAGGGGACAGUCUAGCGAAUCCAGCAGUUGUGGUUUCAUCUCUGUGAUAUUCUCAGCCGGAUUUAGAGCUCUUAACAAGAAAUAAUACUAAUUAAUUUCUUAAAAUUGAAACAAGACCACUUUUUCUUGGUCACAGAUUGAUGAAAUCACGUUGUGCUUAAAGCUGAAGUAACGAGUCUGCACACAUUUGAAUUGUCUCUGUGCUGCUCAGUGGACAUUUAGAAGAAAAUUCUGUCAGUUAUAUGAAAUAGUGCCAAUAUUGAUUGUACUGUAACGAAGUAUGAUCAUGUUUAUUUUAAAGAAAGGUGCAAUUUUAUAGUAAGUCAUUUAUAAUUUGAUUGUUACUAUAUUUACAAAGCAUCAGUCAUUUCAAGCCCUAUUUCUCCAUUUUUGUUGGAUUGAAAGAAAAAAAAAUCAAUAUUUUUUUUCCCAUUUCAUAUUUUCAUGUUUUUACUAUGUACUUGAGCUUGUGUCCUCUAAAGUGAGUACAACUCAGCAAUUUCAAACAUUUUUUUCUCGGAAAGGUGAGUUCCAGACAUUUCUAAAACUAUUGUUAUUGUUUAUGGCCGUCAUGAAAAAUUGUAACUUUUGGGUAUGUCUAUUUAGGCGGAAAUCUACAGUUUGCCCUAUCAUUCAAGAGGUAAAAAAUAAAAUUGUAAUGUU